AGAAUAUAUACCCCCACCAUCUCACCAGCCGGCCCCCGUUCAGUAACCCAGCUAGCUAGCAGGAAGAGCACACAACAGAAAACGCAAUAUGCGUUCGGCUCGCCACCUCCACCUCGCGGUGUCGGCCCUCCUUCUCUCGGCCGUCGUCCCGGCAGCCAGAGCCCAGCAAGAAACCGACGAUGAGUUGGAGUUCAGCUACGUCUGCGGAUCGGAGAACGGGCCAGAGAACUGGGGCAAGAUCAAGGAGGAGUGGGCGACGUGCGGGUCGGGGCGGAUGCAGUCGCCAAUCGACCUCUCGGUCUCCGUCUCCGGCCACCUCGCCUACCUCAACCACACCUACCGCCCCGCCGAGGCCUCCGUCGUCAAUCGCGGCCACGACAUCAUGCUGAAGUUCCACGGCGACGCCGGGGCCGGGAGCCUGUGGAUCAACGGCACCGCGUACCACCUCACGCAACUGCACUGGCACUCCCCCAGCGAGCACAGCGUGAACGGCCGCCGGUACAACAUGGAGCUCCACAUGGUUCACCUGAGCGCCGACAACAAGGCUGCCGUCAUCGGCCUCCUCUACAAGAUCGGAAGGCACAACGAUUUCCUGCACAAGCUGGAGCCUUACCUGCAGAGUUUGGCGGACACCAAGGAAAAGGAGGAGAAGGUCGGCGUGGUGGAUCCCUGGGACGCGAGGGGCGAGGGCGAAGCCUACUACCGCUACAUGGGCUCCCUCACCACGCCAUCAUGUGACGAGGGGGUCAUCUGGACCGUCGUCAACAGGGUUGCCACCGUGUCGAGUGACCAACUCAAGCUUCUCGCCGAUGCCGUCCAUGACGGCAUGGAGAUGAACGCAAGACCCCUUCAGAAGGUGAACAACAGAGAUAUCAGCUUUUUCUGUCCUGAUGAUCACCAUGAACACUACUACGCUGCUGCUGAUCAUUAAUUAGCUUCAUACUUCAACCAGCCUAAGGGAGAGAUAGCAUGCGUAAAGUAGUUGGCAACGACAAAGUGCGAUGCCAUGCAUGGAACAUCUCAACGAUCUAUGCUAUCGUGUCUCUGCACCAAGAAGGGAUGUUUGUCCACUUUGCCACGGUUGUUAGUUCCUUAAUAAAGUCGAAGUCACGGAUGUAUCCUCGUUGUUGUCUUCAAUAAUAAUUGAUUGGAUAUCAUGUGUCCAAUCUAAUGUGCCAUCUUAUUUGUGCUUUUUUCUUUCUUGCUUUCUUUCAAUUUCAAUAAAGGGCCAGCCUCACGGCGUUGAUAUCUUGUUGCCAAGAUAUGCUAGCUCAUUGUUUUAUUUCUUCAAUCAUUGGACAUGCAGAUCCAAUCCCCAUCUUAUUAUGUUGUAUCGUUGUUA